CUGGAGUCCGACCAAUCUUCGAAAGGCCAGCGGCGAAGAAAAGAAAGACGCAAUAAUGCGACUUGUACAGUUUUCGUCUUGUUACUUGGACUUACUAUUAUUUUGACAGUUAUGGAAAUGGAAAUAGAUAGUGCCAAUUCGUCCAAUACCGAUCCAAAAACGACUGAAGCUGCACGCUCCGAAGUGGUUACUGGAGCAGCGCCUCCAUCCAACACGGGAGAAGGAAACAUUUCGAAACCAACUGCACAAGUGGCUCCAACCCCGAUGCAGCAACAGCCACCUGCUCAGCCUGGACUACCAAAUUAUUCCCUCCUUAUGACGCUAAAUGGCCAUCAGAAGUCUGUAGCGUCGUUAAAAUUCUCUCCUUGUGGGAUGUAUCUUGCCUCCGCAUCUGCAGACACUACAGUACGGGUGUGGUUUGUGAAGGAUGGGAAGCCAAUGCAGACAUUGAAUGGACAUAAGAUUGGAAUAAACGAUGUAGCUUGGAGUCCAAAUUCAUUAUUUCUUGCCUCAGCUUCGGACGACAAGACAGUGCGAAUCUGGGAGGUAGAGACAGGGAAAUGCAUAAAAACGCUGAAAGGACAUACAAAUUAUGUAUUUUGUUGCGCUUACAAUCCACAAUGCACCAUGGUAGCUUCUGGAUCUUUCGAUGAGACAGUCAGGAUCUGGGACUUGCGUACGGGGCUCUGCACAAAAGUUCUCCCAGCCCACGCUGAUCCUGUAUCGGCUGUUUCCUUCAACCGGGAUGGUACACUUCUAUGCUCAAGCUCUUAUGAUGGUUUGGUACGAAUUUGGGAAACCGCAAAUGGUCAGUGUGUGAAAACCCUUGUGGAUGAUGAUAACCCACCAGUGGCAUUUGUGAAAUUCUCUCCCAAUGGG